CUGUCGCCACGUACCCUGCCUGCAAAUGACUUGCUUUUUGUAAGGGCGCGACUAGACAACCGCGAACACUGAGAGACGAUUUGUCCACUUGGCGCAACAGAGACGGCGCUAAAUCUGACUCUCUGGGUGUUGGGGACAGCAGCGACAACUUGCUGAUGCUGCCUUCAGCACCGAGUUUGUGCAGCAGGGGGUUCGCCGCACGAGGGGACGGCUAGGUGCAAUUUCAGGCUCGACGAUGGAUCGCCACGACGGGUGGGUGCGUGAGGUGAGCCUUUCCACCAUGGGCAAACGUAUGGCCUGGCUCGGAAUCCUUGUGUGCCUGCAAAUUGCAUCGAGAAUCUCUCAUCAUUGAGAAUUGGUGACAGUCCGCCAGCUUUGGAAACCUGCGGCGGCAAUGCGAGCUCUUCUGGCGCGAAUUGGGACACGCGCAACAACACAAAUCUAUUGUUACCAAAUUUCGUUGCAGGUGUUCUCUGUUCUCCUCGCGUACCCCCUGUGGCCUGUAGAGCUCACUGUUGUAGCAAUCGCAGUUCGUAGUUAUCACCACCGUUUGCAGCACAGGUCAAGUUUUAUUAUGGCAACUCCGCAACCAAGUCGUCCACGAAGGCAAUUGAAAUACAUGUGGGUGAGAUGUCUCCAGCAACUGCGAGCGGUGGCACAAAGGGAGUCAAUGCGUCCCCAAACUUCGGAACUACUAUUAUUAUUUUCCCAACGCUCUGCAUGCAAAAAGUCUCUUUCUUGCGUCGCCGUCGUGCGGCGCAGCGCGACAUGGCGAAACGGAGGGUUCACCGUUUUGCUAACCGUGCAAGUUGAAGUCGGAUGCCACAUCGUAGAAAGGAAGUUCACUUUGUCAGUCGCAAAUCUGUAACAAUGUUUUAUUUCUUAUUUCUGGCAAUUUGCCGCUGCCAAGUGAGCUACAUGUAGUUGUCAUUCACAUCAAGCCUACAGCCAUCGCAAUACUUCUUGUAGCAGAGCUGACAUUCUCCACACC